AUGGCCGCAAGAUACGUUUCCAGCCAGCUCAUCAAGAACGUCUCAAAGGGCGGUCGAACAUUAACUAUCGAAUAUGUCGACAAAACAACGGCUUGGGUCCGCCCUUCGGAUUUUCCUUCUUCAUCAGUCAAACAGGACUUCACGGAGGUUGUCCAAGAAAAUAUGGAUACUUUCAGCCCGGAAACGACGAAGGUUGCUAUGAAGGAAUCAGAGCAUCAGAGUGAGAAGGACAAGCGCGUGCAUUAUACGGCUUUCGCUCUUGACAAGAACGGGGAAGUCAUUGAGACGAAGCAUCUUGUCAGGCACAAAUGA